AUGCACUUAUUCGUCUACUACAAUUCGACACAUUCCAAAGAAGACGGCACGUGGUUCUAUUAUACGCUGAUCACCUAUUUCGAAUUUGUGUGCAUUUGUAUAAGUUACCCUCUUGUCUUCUAUCUCGGAGUAUUAUUGUUCAAGUAUAGGCUGUUCCAUAAAAAUCUGCAAAAUUGCGUCAAAUUGUGUGUCAUCGAGUAUUUGGUGCAAUUGACCACGAGAACAAUGCAGAUUUUUUUGAUUUUUCAUGGCAAAGAGAAUGGCAACGCAUUUUUUUGGGCUUCCUAUGCCCGAUGCACUUGCUAUUUUUUCGUGUCAUUUUCUUUGUUCAUUAUCGCAUUCGAACGAUGUUGUGCUUCAUAUUUUCUUUCGGAUUAUGAAAAGAAGAAUCGUCAUUUUAUUUUUGUUUUUAUCCUCAUCGUAUUUCCUCCAUCAAGCGCUUAUUUGGCAUGGCUUUAUCAUAUUGUCGAGAGCACCAUUAUUUUACACGUCGCAAUGCUAGCCGUGAAUAUUUUCUGCUCAUUUACAAUUUUGCAAAUCGAAAAAUACAAUUAUGUCAGGUUGGAAGCGAGUGCGAAAUUGAGGAAGAGCAAGAAAGAAUACUCAUUAGCUGAGCGAUUUCAGAUAUCUGAAAAUAUUCGAGUUUGUGAGUUUAUGAAGACGAUCAUCAAUGUUGUAUCGGCGUUCAAUUUGAUGUCAACGAUAUCAGCAGCGCUUGAUAAUUUUGAUUUUUCCAUCACCUUUCUGAAUAUUGCCACAACUUUCUUCAAUAUUUGUGUUUUAACGUACGGAAGCCUAGUAUUUUUCCUAUUUUACUAUUUGUCACCGCCGUUUCGAAUGGAAAUUAAAAGAAUGCUGACUUGGAUGCGAGUGACGCAUCCGGUCAAUCCAAUCGUCGACAAAGAGAAGCCGAUGCAGAUGGCCGCGCAGGAAACCGACGCCUAUUUUGACCAGCUCAACAAGCAAUGGCUCUAG